AUGUUCUAUCAAGACUAUUUGCCUGCGGCUCCAAAAUAUGACUUCAAGGGAGUUGAAGAUUGUCUCCAGAUUUUAAGCAAACCGAGCAAUAUGAAGGAGUAUGUCAUUUUCACCUUGGAUGAGCGUUGCUUUCUUGAUCAUUUCUUGAACUCUGAGGACCAAAUACUUAACAAAUGGGAGAGUUAUGAUCCUUCUGUCAAUCAAUUACUCAUCAGAAUGGCGAGCGCGCCGCAUGAAGUUGCAGUUAAUGCUUUCAACGGCAUCUUCCGUGACUGGAACGGUAAAGGCGAUGACAAUCAUCCGCUGGUUCCUACUGGCAGAGGGUCAGAAUGGCCUAGUAUAGUGGUGGAAGGUAUAUGGGAGGAGACGCGGGAAAAGGCUGCGGAUGAUAUGAGAUUCUGGCUCACUGAAAGCGAAGGAAAAGUUAAGGUGGCACUCACAAUCACAGUGCACAAACGUGGGAGGCUUCUGAUUGAACAACGGGAGAUGCAAGGUGCAUGCGCAACCCCUGUGCAAAAGAUUGAUAUCGUCCGAAACCCAGCACCCAACUGCCAAAAGGUACAAGGACAUAUGCCCCUUCCCUUUGAAGAUAUCAAGAAUCACCCCGAGAUGAAGUCAGACGAAGACUUUGUUAUCAAUGCUCAGGACAUGGAAGCCAUGGCGAAACAAGUUUGGCUUGUUCUGUGUUGA